AUGCGUCUGCUGCACGACACGGGCGUCACCUUUGAGGAAUACCAAUACUAUGCCGCCCGCACCCGCGCAGAGGAGGACAGUCUCCCCCCCCCGCCAGAGGCAAGCGGCGUGCAGGCCAUCCUCACCCGGCUGAUCCCCAACCUGAAAACCGAGGAGCCUCUUACCGAGGACACGGUGCAUCACAACGUCUCUGAUCUGCGACAGCGCAUGCACAUCAGCGAUGAGGAGUGGGCAAACGCCUCGCGGGCUGUGCGCACAGCCAGUGCGGGCGCUGUGUUCUAUCUCAUCACCACCGAUAUCCUGGGGCCGUUUUCCUUGCCCUAUGCUCUUGCAACGACUGGAUGGGGCUUCUCAUUCCAGGCCUGGCUUCGGCAUGUUCACUGCGUUUGGUCUCAUGGCAGGAUAUAUUCAGGCUAUCUUCUGUGGAGUGCAUUUAUGGGCCUUGAUUCCCAUGAAUUCCCCCUCAACAACUACGGGGAUAUCGCCUUCCGCGUGUACGGCCACACUGUCCGCCAUGUGUUCAACUUCCUGCAGGUCAUCCAGCUGAUCUUCAUGGUGUCCGCCAUCAUCAUCUCCAACGGCCAGGCCCUCUCCGAAGCCGCCAAGUUCAACCUCUGCUACGCCGUCUGCUGUCUCGUCUGGGCCCUGAUCGGCUUCUUCCUCGGCCAGAUCCGCACCCUGCGCCAGUUCAGCUGGCUGCCCGUGCAGACCUCGGUCGGCCUGCCCAACACCACCAACUUCAGCGCCGCCAUCGUCGGUCUGAUGCAGGCCGUGUACGCGUACGGCGGGGCGAUGAUCUUCGUCGAGUUCAUGUCGGAGCUGCGCCAGCCCCGCGACUUCCUCAAGGGCAUGUGGUCUGCCCAGCUGUUCAUCUAUCUGUGCUAUAUGGUCUACGGCAUGAUCAUGUACCAUUUCCAGGGCCAGUACUGUGUCAACCCCAGCUAUCUCAGUAUCCCGGGCUAUUCCAUCCAGACUGCCGGGAACGUCAUGGCCAUGGUCUCGGCUUUGAUUGCCGCCAUUCUCUAUGGAAAUAUCGGUGCAAAGGCCAUCACCUCCGCCGUCUGUAUCCUGCAGUUCUCAUAUACAUUCCCGCCCUUUCUGCAUAUCGCCUACAACAUCCAGCGCCACGCUGUGCUGCCGGGCGAGGGCUUCGAUCCCGCCACAGGACAGACUCUCAGGCAUGAUGGGGGGUUGCCACGCAUCUGGCGCGGCUUCUUCGCGAAAUACUGGUACGUCAAUGUCUUUAACGUCAUCUACUUCCUCGGCGCGCUGGCUACCGCGGGCAUCGGUAUCUGGUCCGCUAUCGAGGGCUUGAUUGAAGUCUAUGCCGAGCCGCAGGAGGGCGCUUUUGUCUGUCAUUCGCCUCUGGAAUAG